AUCCAUUGAUUAACCAAACUCUAUCAUAUCAUCUAUUUUCUCUACAGAGACACGAACACCCCAUACUCGCACAUACACAGACACAAAGUAACAGAGAGAGAGAGAGAUGGGAAGAUACAAUUCUUUCUUGAGGAGUCCAAAACAGGAGGAACAACAAGUGCCUGACACUGCUGCGGCUACCGAAGAAUCAUCAGAAAGCAAAGCCGUUCACUCGUUUACCAGGGAAGGAUACAAUAUCAUGGGCGAAUUGGAAGACAUCUUAGAUGCCGAGGACGACGACGAGAAGUUUGCAGGGCAGAAUUUGUAUGAUAACUUUAAGUGGGAUUUCAUGGACUGGGCGGAAUUCCCUGAUCGUGGACAGCUCAAAGAAGGUGAUGACGAUGAAGUUGAAGAUGACAACGUUGAGAUAGGCCACUGGACGACGAACAACUCUACGGAACUCUCCGAAGAUCAAAGCCAUUACGCUAAUGUUAUAAAAAGAGAAACAGUCGUUCUUUGGGAGGAGGAUGAGGAGAAACUCAUGUCUUUGAACCUGAAUCUUAAUUAUCAGAAUGUUCUGGAUGCAUGGUCAGACAGGGGUUCGCUUUGGGCCGACGAUACUUCUCUUUCCAUGGUUAACCACAACUUCAUAGGAGAGGUGCCUGUAAUGGAAGAAGAGAGAUUAAGAAGAGAAGCCAGGGUUCUUAGAUACAAGGAGAAGCGGCAGAACAGGCUCUUCUCUAAGAAGAUAAGAUAUCAAGUGCGCAAACUCAAUGCAGAGAAGAGACCCCGACUCAAGGGUCGUUUCGUGAAGAGAACACUACCGGCCGACAAGAUACUCAGAUGACGAGAGCCAGAACCAGAAAUAUCUGGAAAAUAUCUCACCAAUUGUGUAGAUCUUUUUGAUGUCGUACCCACUUUAUUAUUAUCAAACACUUUUGUGCUUUAUCACCAUGAAAAUA